CCACCACUUCACUCUCUCCUCUUGUCUCCACCCCAUCAACAUCAUCGACACUUUGACAACAACCCUCUCUCAUUCCAUCAAGCCCCAUCACGCACAAAGCGCUGGUCAGGCAUGGACGCCUCAGUCCCGCCAUACAUACCUGUGCCCUCGGCAGCCGUGCUCAUCGGCGUGCCGGCUGACCUCCCCACCGCCGCCGAAGGGGCGACGUCGUCAUCGUCGCCGAACACACUCGCCGCCGCCGCCGGCGCUGCAGGCGGCAGCGGCACAGCAGCGGCAUCACGCACUCGCGCACCGGCGUUCCCACCCGCCGUAGCGGCUGCCAACGCAGCCAGCGCAUCCGCCGCAAGCCGCAAGUUUACCGUGCCCGGCGCCGCGGCGCUCUCGUCAAACGUCUCGGACAUGGUCCUGAGCUCGCUCUUGCCGCCCAACCUGCCCCGCCUCGCGCAGACCCACCACGCACCCGGACGCGCGCGCGACCUCACGUCCCAGAAGGAGGGGCUCGGCCUCAAUGUCAUGAGCAACAACUUUCGCCGCUUCCUGACAAAGGUCGGCCCCAUCGUCUGGCUGCAAGACCGCGUCGAGGAGGUGCUGUUCUGGCAGAAGCCGCUGUGGACGUGGGCGUGGAUGGCCCUAUGGGCAUUCAUCUGCUUCUUCCCCCGCAUCCUGCUGCUCCUCCCCAGCGCCAUCCUGCUCGUCACCUACCUGACCUUUCAAGAGCAAAAGGAGCCGCUGCCGUCGCUGUUCGGCGUGCUGAUUCCGUCUGCGCCGGACGCGGGGACGCAGCGUGUCGGCGACGACCCCAGCACGUCGUACUCGGCCUCGACGGUCGAAGGCAAGGAGGGCGUACCCCAGGCGCCGCCCGGCGACGCGACCAGCACAACCGACAUCCUCAUGAACAUGCAGGCGAUCCAGAACCUCAUGGGCGUUAUUGCCGACGUGUUUGAGGCGGCGACACCGUGGCUCAACUACAUCGCGGGCAAGGACACGUCGCCGACGUCGUUCCCGCUCACGCCGACGGUCAUCGUGCUGCUCCUGCUACCCCCGACACUGCUGCUACCCCUCACGCCAGGUUGGGCGAUCCCGUACCUUCUCCUCCCUGCCGGCUGGGCGGGCCCGCUACUCUUCCACCCCAACCUCACCCACCUGCUAGAGCACCUGCCCCGCUCGCGCGCGGCGCUGCAGAGGCGCGCGGAGCUCGAAGACGCAGCCCUCACCGACGCCCUGCCCGACGACCUUGGUCGUCGCCCGAUUGCCCGCGUCGAGGUGUGGGAGAACGAGCGCCUCGACCCCAUCGUGUCCGCCAAGCCGACGGCCGCGGCCCAGCUCCCCGCCGGCGCGUACUCGAGCCGUUUCCUCCGCCCCGGCGAGCGAGGCGGCUGGGUCAAGGUCCGUACCGCCUCCGGCACGUACUCGCACGACGCGAUCUGGGAGGACGAGGAGGACCGGCCCGAGAGCGGCGACCGCAUGGCGCUGGCCCUCAAGGACAAGUGGUCGUUCGUGCCCGGCGAGGACUGGCGCGUGGACGUGUGCGGCCUGUGGAGUGAGGUUGGGACUGAUCCGGGUGAGUAGGACCGUUGGGAGGGAAGGCUGCAGCUGCCGUUCCGUUGCUGGGCCGGGUUUGAUCACUGCUAACUCUCCAGAUGGCUGGGUAUACACCGACGACACUUGGACCAAUACUGCGCCAGUGGGCAAGGUGGACACGCCGGUGACUACGCCUGGUGCGACGACUGCGCCAGCGGCGACUGCAGCUCCGCGCCGUCCGACUAGGCGACGAAGGUGGUGGCGCCGCGUCUACUUUGACGACGGAACGUAGGUAGACGGCGCGCAAAUGUAUUCUGUAUCAGACGG